AUGACGAAGGGAACAUCAUCGUUUGGAGAGCGGGGCAAUAAGACGCACACAUUGUGCUGCCACUGUGCCUCUAAGGCCUGCCACCUUCAGAAGUCAACCUGUGGCAAAUGUGGCUACCCCGCCAAGUGUAAGAGAAAGUGUAACUGGAGUGCCAAGGCUAAAAGACGAAAUACCACUGGGACUGGUCCAGGGAGGCACCUAAAAAUUGUAUACCACAGAUUCAGGCGUGGAUUCCAUGAAGGAACAACACCUCAACCCAAGAAGGCAGCUGUUGCAGCACCCAGUUCAUCUUGGAAUUUCAACGAUUUGUCAUGUAAUAAAUGUUCUGGUUUAAAAAAAAAUUAUACAAAAAAAGUCUACCAAUGAUAAAUAAUGAAAAAUAACUCUGAUCAUCUGCAAUGUCAAAACAAAACAAAAAACCAA